CUCGGUGACGCAUGCCCGGUUUUUCCGGAACUCUGCUUUUGACAAAUCUAGAACUUAACGAUUGAUUGUUAUCAAAACAGACUGCGUUUCUUGUCGUUUCCGAAAGUGCGUUGAGCAAUAAUCCACCGUUUACGGUUUCCAGAUCAGACGACAUGUCCUAUCCAUACAACCAAGGACCCAACCCGUACGGGGGCCAGCAGCAGGGCUACGGGCCGCCGCCCGGCGCCUACCCGCCUCCGCCGGGGGCGUAUCCCCAGCCGGGCGGGUACCCGGCUUACGGCGCGGGCGGGUACCCUUCGGCGCCGCAGCCGGGGUUUCAGCCUAACUAUGGGCCCGGUGCGGACCCCUACAAUCCAGCCCCAGGUGAAAGUUUGCCGCUUAAUAACGCACAGGGCGGCCAUUACGGCGGGUACGGGGCCGGGGGCGAGGACCCCGAGGUCAAGGGUUUCGACUUCAACGACGCGUCGAUCAGGCGCGGCUUCAUCCGCAAGGUGUACGCGAUCCUGCUCAGCCAGCUGAGCAUCACGCUGGCAUUCAUCGCGCUGUUCUGCUACCACCAGCCGACCAAGGAGUUCGUGCACCGCACCCCGUCCCUCUUCAUAGUCGCCCUCGUCGUCAUGAUCGUCUGCAUGAUCACGUUGGCGUGUUGCGGCGAGGUGCGACGCAAAGCGCCCAUGAACUUCGUCAUGCUGUUCCUGUUCACCAUCGCCGAGUCGUUCCUGUUGGGCGUGAGCGCGUCCACCUACGCCCCCGACGCUGUCAUGAUGGCGGUCGGCAUCACGGCCGCCGUCUGUCUCGCCCUCACCCUGUUCGCGUUCCAGACCAAGUGGGACUUUACGAUGAUGGGCGGCAUCCUGCUCGUCGCCGUCGUCAUCCUGCUCGUGUUCGGCAUCGUCGCCAUAUUCGUGCGCAACCGCAUAGUCCAGCUGGUAUACGCGUCACUGGGCGCCCUCAUCUUCUCCAUCUACCUGAUCUACGACACCCAACUGAUGAUGGGCGGCAAACACAAGUACUCGAUCUCGCCCGAGGAGUACGUCUUCGCCGCGUUGAACCUCUACCUCGACAUCAUCAACAUCUUCAUGUACAUCCUGGCCAUUAUAGGCAGCUCGCGCGACUAAGUAUCGCUAUCGCGUCGCGACUAUACAUAUUUAUUGUUUGUAGGUUACGUAGGCCGCGGGGGGAGGGCGCCUUUGCUUCCGCACCUUGUACAAUAUUUAAGCGGCACCGCGCGUGCGCCGACGCGGCGUCCACGUCUACGUUGUACCGUUUCCAAGUCUUGAUUAAACUGCUCAUAAUUAAAA